GAAGUAGGUGGAGGGGGAGAGCUAACUUCUCUCCCAAACAGACACGGACAGCCCUUCAAAGAAUUGACCAAUCCCACAACACGCCUCUCACUUUCUCCCUAUAAAAUGUCAAUGCCCUUUGUCCAGUAUUGAGAACUCCGUCUAAUCCGUACAUAUUUAUUUCUCUCUUUCUUUUACCUCUCCAACUUCAAAAUCCUAGCAUCUUAUUAGAGAUGAGUCAUGGGCAAAAUGGAGGUGAAGGUCAAGAAACUCAACCUCAUCGUCCAACUCCCCGCUUGAAUGAGAGGAUCCUUUCAUCUUUGUCAAGGAGAUCAGUUGCUGCUCAUCCUUGGCAUGAUCUUGAGAUCGGACCUGGAGCACCCAAUAUCUUCAAUUGUGUUGUUGAGAUCACAAAGGGAAGUAAGGUCAAAUAUGAACUUGACAAGAAGACAGGACUAAUCAAGGUUGAUCGGAUUUUGUAUUCAUCUGUGGUCUACCCUCAUAACUAUGGUUUUAUCCCUCGCACAUUGUGUGAAGACAACGAUCCACUAGAUGUUUUAAUUCUUAUGCAGGAGCCCGUCCUUCCUGGUUGCUUUCUUCGAGCCAGAGCCAUAGGACUUAUGCCUAUGAUUGACCAGGGAGAGAAAGAUGAUAAGAUCAUUGCAGUUUGCGCUGAUGAUCCAGAGUAUAAGCACUAUACUGACAUAAAAGAGCUUGCCCCUCAUCGCCUUUCGGAAAUCCGCCGCUUCUUUGAAGACUACAAGAAGAAUGAGAACAAAGAGGUUGCUGUCAAUGACUUUUUACCUUCAACCACUGCUGUUGAAGCUAUCCAGUACUCGAUGGACCUUUAUGCUGAGUACAUUCUGCACACCUUGAGGCGAUAGGCACAGAGUCUAUCUUCCAUUUACUAAAAUGCAAGGACCUUUAUGCUGAGUACAUUCUGCACACCUUGAUCCGAUAGGCACAGAGUCUAUCUUCCAUUAACUAUAUUAAUGAUUUUGAAAUUUUAUGCGAAACUUUAUUUAUUGCUUGCUGUAAUUUGGAUUUUUUGUUCUCGAUUAUUUGAUCAACCAAAUCGAGAUGCAAAUCAUAAGAGAAUAUUCAUUAUGUGAUAUCAUUUGAUUGGGAUUUUAUCUUAAUCAGAAUCCUGAAUUCUUGUUGUCUGUA